CGACCCUGGUCAUCCUGACAAUGGCGCUAAAAUUUUGGUGACAUCUUGUCAGUCAGGCAGCUGGUCGGUAGACCUUGAAUGCUGGACCGGUGUGGAAUCACAUGCACUAUUCAGGUCUCGAGCUGUUGUGAUCGCACCAUAGCUUUUUCGAGAGAACCGCUAGUUGAAAUACUUUUUACCUGCAUCGAUACCAGGCGUGUAGCGAUUUUCAAGAGCACCGUCUCGCAACAACCUACUCAGACGUCAUCAUGUCAUCCACCCAGCAGACGUCCAGACAGCUGGAAAAUACCUCCAACUCAUCUUCUUCACCUCUCUACGAUCUUGUCUGUGUUGGUUUCAGCGCAGCCCAGCUAGCAACUGCCAUUGCAAACCGAGAAGCACGUUCCGAGUCCAGGAUUUUAUUCCUUGAGCGCAAAAAUUCUUUCUCAUGGCAUUCGGGAGCGCACCUGUCCAGGUCCCGCAUGGAAACACCUUUCCUCUACGACCUCGCAUCCCUCCGUAACCCCAGGUCAUCGUUCAGCUACACCUGCUAUCUUCUCGCUCGGAACCGUCUGGUUGAAUUCGCAAACUCCGACCGGCUAAACCCUCUACGGGACGAGUUCGAAGACUAUUUGAAGUGGUGCGCAGAACAGUUCAAGGACCAGGUCCGAUAUGGCAGCGAGGUUGUCGGCGUAGCUCCAGAGGCUGAAGACAACACUGUAAGAAGCUGGAAGAUUGCUGUUAAGGAUGCAAAUGGCAAGACAUACGUUAUCCGAGCGAGAAAUGUUGCUGCUCCUACACCAGGAAAGCAUGUUAGCGCGAAGACAGAGUCCUUGACCACCGUCGACUUCCUCGCAGGACAGCGAAUCAUGCCCAUGGCCGACUACCUGUCACGCAGGGAUGAGCUCCGUCAGCAUUUCGAGCCGCGACUGAACGUCGCCGUUGUCGGUUCGGGUCAACAAACGGUCGAAAUCCUGGACGACUUGCUGUCAUGCCCUCGACUUGGCAACAUCACAGUUGUAACAGAGAAUGACGACCUUGCGCCGCUGAAGGUUUUGCAAGAACAAGAGCCAUCGCAGCCACGACUGUGCUCGAUCUGGUCCAAGCCGGCUUGCGACUUGAAGCCGGUGACAGGGUCAUCUGAGCUGAUCCAGGCCAUUUACAUGCGCGCGUACGAAAAGCAGGUGGCUAGCAAGGGCGAACACGUUCUUCAUGUCGUCAUUGGCAAGGAUGCAGGAGAACCAUGCUCCAAAGCCAACAUCAUCAUCAGAGACAACUCUGCGGCGCCAUUCUCAAGCAGUGGGCUCUUGCAGAGCCUGAAUACGCUCGUACUCGGCUGCCAUCAGCUUGGCGAGAGCUUCGAGGAGGUCCAGUUCAAGCGCGGCGCUGUCGCGGACGCUCGCAUGUGGUUGAUGUCGGCGAACUCAGAAGGCGGACGAUCAUUGGCAAAGGACAUCUCGCUGCGGGCCGGAGAGGUAGUGGGCGCCCUGUCGUCACCAGCUGCAGGCAGGCGGGAUGGGCUGGUGGUGCAGGCUAGGAUCUAGACAGCUGUUCUGAUUGGGAAG